AUGGGCGGCGGCCUCAGCCCCCCAGUAGCUCUUCUCAUCCAGUGGGCUACAGAUCGAGUCCGUUAUCCAUAUGGCGAGAGGCAUAGUCUCUUCAUCGUCGUCUUGAUGGCCACGCUGCUUGCUAUGACGCUAGUAGUCGUGGCCCCGAUCCUGCUCGUCUACGAUGCUUGUCACGCCUUCGGCUAUUUCCUUUACGGCCUCGAUCGCCAUGCGUGGGAGGUAACGGUUUCCCAAGCCGUUGACGUCCGUAUCAUUACCUGGACGAUUGCCCUUACCUACAUGCUUAUCACGGCGCUGGUCAAGAUUUCCAUUCUCAUCUUCUACCGCCGCUUGAGCAAAGGCACCUUUACGACGUCGUGGAUGUGGACCGUCCGCAUCUUUAUUCUUUUCGUUGCUUCUCUCGCCGUUUCGUUCACGAUUCUAUUAUGCGUCGGGUGCCGGCCACUCGAUGCUUUCUGGCAUAAGAUGGAUUUCAUAUGGGCUCUGCAAAACAACUACACGUGCAUUGAUGAGGCCGCCAACUUCAUUACUUACGCCGUCAUCAACGUCAUCACGGAUGCAGCGGUCUGCAUCCUGCCGCUGCUCGUCGUGUCCCGCCUACAGAUGCCCCGCAAGCAGAAGUGGGCUGUGGGCGCGCUCUUUGGCAUCGGCUUCUUCCUCUGCGUCUGCGGCGUCAUGCGCUUGGUGUGGAUGUACAUCACCUACUACAAGACCUACGACACCACCUGGACCGCCACCUACAUCUGGUCCUGGACGCUGGUCGAGACGCAUUUCUCCAUCAUAUGCGCGUCAGCGCCGGCGCUGAACAUCUUCUUCCGCCGCAUUCUGCAGCCCACGCACGCCUCGGACAGCGACGCUUCCCACCAGCGCAAAGCGUUGGACAAUUUCGGCAGCUGCUCCAACCGUAGCGGACGUGCUGGACCCAGUCACGGCAACGGCGAUGUCGAGAGCGGCAUAUACAUGGCUGACAUGCUUGCCUAUAAGGCGGCCAAGGCCGAAGCGGAGAGGGAUGACCCGGUCUUUUCGAUGCGGGAGAGCGAGGCCAAGAGAGAAUCCAUGGCCAUCUGCCGGGAAGUCGAUGAGGCGGCAAGUGACGGUGAUGAGCAGGGAAUUGAAGAGCAAUCAAGAAAGAGCAGCAGGGGAAGCAGGGGAAGCACGGAAAGCAUACUGGAGACCCAUGUUGCGAUAGGAUUUCAUGAAUGA